AUGCAGAACUGCAGCAUCGCACUAAACCACCUCGAAUAUCGGUCGGACCUGGAUGCCCUUCACAUGCUGGAAUCGAUUGUCAGAUGUUUGCCGGCCGAAAUGCAGACAGCCUGGGCGGCCGAGGCCGAUCGAAUCGAGAAAAGCAUCGCCCUAAACCACCUCGAAUAUCUGUCGGAUCUGGAUGCACUUCACACGCUGGAAUCGAUUGUCAGAUGUUUGUCGGNCUAG